AUGUUUGAGAACAGCAAUUGUACGAUCACAUCGUUGAAUUCAGGAGCGUUUAAACGUAUGAAACAAAAUGAGAGUUCAUCGAUCAAUCAUUCCUUUCUAUCACCUCUACCCGAACAGCAGCAACCACAGCGUAAUCAUUCAUCUGCUCGUCGUCGGCAUCGAACAACCUUUACUCAAGAACAACUGAACGAACUCGAGAUAUCCUUUGCUAAAGGUCAUUAUCCCGACAUAUACUUACGUGAAGAAUUAGCUCGAACAACGAAAUUAAAUGAAGCUCGGAUCCAGGUAUGGUUUCAAAAUCGACGAGCCAAAGCACGGAAACAAUCACAUAAUUCCUCAUCAUCAGGUAGCACAUCCACAUCAUCCUUAUCAUCCGUUCGUCUCUCGUCGAAAGCGUUUUCGACCAAUCCAACAUCAUCAUCAUCAUUUCAUCAGAUGUUCAAUGGCCGAGCAAAUGCAUCAACAUCAUCCCCAACGAGUUUGAUGAUGACCACUGACCCAACGAUGUUCUAUCCAACGUUUCCACCAUCAACAUGUGAUUUUAAUGUUCGUUCAACGAUUGAGAACACGAUGUCAUUUCAUUCGCCAUAUCCGCCACAACAUCAAACAGCUGAAGAUGAAUAUACAAGAAAUAUGCGCAUGCAGAAUUUAAUCACUCAUCAUCCUAAUUUAUACCAUCAUGGCUAG